AUGAGUACUUCAAACAACGUCGAUAUCCCCGACCCCAUACCUUCUUUAAUCGACGGAAGCUGCCUUUGCGGCGCAGUCAAGUACACCAUCGGAGAGGGGUAUGGCCUCACGGUACUAUGUCACUGCAACAGCUGCCGCAAGUUCACCGGCUCAUCAUUCGGGGCCAACAGCUUAAUCGAUAGAAAGACGAAGGCUCAUGCUAACCUCUUCGUCGGUCAGAACCUAACUGUGCAAGACCCCGGCUCCAACGUCUCGGUGUACAAGUCCCAGACCGCCGAUUCCGGCGGGACGCUGGCCCGUUCUUUUUGCAGGUUAUGCGGCUCCUCGCUCUUCGUUGCUACCCAUGAGACUUCGGACAAAGUGGCUGUUACUUCAGGGACCAUGAAUGACGCUCAAGGCGUCGAGGGCGACAACUUGUGGACACCGAAGUUGGAGUUCUUCUGUAAAAGAAAAGCGACGUGGUUGGCAACCGAAGGUACGGUGCAAAAAGACACCAUGUAA